CAUGUGGUUCCGGUUGGCGGUUGUUUGCUUACCGGCGCUCGGCAAACUUUAGCAGCUUUCGCCCGCUUGUUGCGUAGAUUUCUACCUCUACUUUCCGUUAAACGUUUGAAGUGCGGCUGAAAUGGACUCGAACGACUCGGAGAUAGCCUCUCUACGCGCCCAAGUGGAGGCAAAAGACGCAGAGAUAGAGAGACUUCGCCGGGCAUUGUCGCGCGAACAGGCUCUUUCAAGUGUGAUUGACGCAGCUUUGAACAAGGACGAUGUGUCGCGUUACAGCAGGCAGAUGUUGCUGCCCGGAUUUGGCGUUCAAGGACAGAAAGCGCUUAAAUCGGCGUCCGUGCUAAUAGUCGGUGCUGGUGGCCUGGGAUGUCCAUGUGCGGCGUACUUGGCAGCUGCUGGAGUUGGUCGAAUAGGCAUUGUAGAUUUCGACGCCGUAGAAAAAAGCAACCUCCAUCGACAGAUCCUGCACUCUGAGGCCAAAGUGGGCAUGUCCAAAGUAGAUUCUUUGGUGCUCGCUCUUAGGCAGUUGAACUCGCAGCCGGAGUAUGUCCAGCACUCUGCAGUUCUUGACAGCUCCAAUGCAUUGGACAUUAUUGGCAGGUACCAAGUAGUGGUUGACGCCAGCGAUAAUGCAGCCACUCGGUACCUGGUCAAUGAUGCAUGCGUGCACCUGGGCCGGCCGCUGGUGUCGGGCAGUGCCCUGCGCUGGGAGGGGCAGCUCACGGUGUACGGAUACCGUGGUGGGCCCUGCUACCGGUGUCUCUUUCCACAGCCACCGCCCACCUCCACCGUCACCAACUGCUCGGAGGGAGGUGUCAUAGGCAUGGUACCUGGCGUUAUUGGCUGUAUGCAGGCGCUUGAAGUGGUGAAAAUCCUCACUGGCUAUGGAGACGUUUGCUCCGGGAAGCUUCUCCUAUUUGAUGGUGCCGACGCAAGGUGGCGGCAUGUGGCUCUCCGAGGAAAGCUGCCCGACUGUGCUGUCUGUGCCAACCCGUCGACGGCCCCUGCGGUACAAGACUAUGCCGCUUGGUGUGGGACAGGGCCGACUAAUAAGUGUUGUGGCCUCUCUGUGCUACCCAAGGAGCUGCGGAUUUCCUGUCAGGAUCUGAGAGACCGACUUCUGUCCGAGCAGCCCAGCUGUCUUUUGCUGGAUGUUCGGCCCAAGUGCCAGUUCGAGAUGUGCCACCUUCCCAGAAGCAUCAACAUUCCUUUCGAGCAGCUGGAUAACGAACUCGAUUCAUUGGAGAAAAAACUGACAGAGAACGCAGAAGUGGUGGUAAUCUGUCGCCGUGGCAAUGACUCUCAGCUGGCGGUGGAAAAGUUGAGACAGGCUUGGAACCAAGCGGUCAAGGUUUGUGAUGUUCGAGGUGGCCUGGAGGCCUGGUCCAGAACCGUGGAUCCAGAUUUUCCCACGUACUGAAGUCUGUGCAAUAUUUGCGAGAUGAUGCAUUUAUAGACUACCACACUAUUAACCCAGAUGCCAAGGCAUUUACCAUUGUUACUUGUAUCUAAGCAACGUCUUGUUUUUUAUGCGAAUUAUGACCAAAGCGAUAAAGAGUGCCCAGAUUUAACACAAAUAAAAAAAAAUCAUUACAAAGCCCGUGUGAAAAAAUGAUUUCCUUGCAGAUAAACUCAAAAUUGAGCAUUUCAAAUCUAGGGAAAAAAAAAACAAAAAAAACCACUGAAGCUGACUAGGCAAAUUGCAAUAUGCUGUAACGUCACUAGCUUGUAGUUGCUGACUCAUGGUGUCCUUGAUGCAAAAUCCAUGAAGUCCCCCUAACAAACCAUUUAUCCUUCUGUUCCACCAACCCUGUUUAUAAUGCUGCACUUUCUCAUGACACUGCCUUAAGUACUAAAAGCUUUUUCUCUUCAAUCCGUCUGUACAACAACAAAGAGACCGCUUACAUUUGAUUACAGUUACAACUGUCCUCUUUUUGCAACCUGUAAACAGUAUAGUUUUGUUUCUGUGGUACGUCCUUACUACUUGGACUGCGUAUGUCAAUUUUAUGCUGUAUGCUAAAGCUUAGCGGAAUUUUUGUAUUUUUUGUGCUCUGACGUCUUUUAAGCUCAAAUUAUGGGGUUUAAAAGCCCAAAGCAACUCACAGGCUUCGAGCGUUUUAAAGGGAGGCUCCGGAGUAAUUUCAAUCCCGUUGUGGCUUUUUUGUGCCCCUAGAUUAAAAAAAUCAGGCAAGUUUGCACUCAGUCGCGCAAAGCUUACGCACAGCGAAGUUUACUGGCUGCUACUGCUAGGUAUGAACUUGGUUGCUGCUAGGUCUUAACUUGGGUUAACUUAACUACGCAUGUAGGAAGGUAUUCUCGAACGAUCAUUUUCGGAGGUACCUUCCCUUUCGCGACAUUUCACGUGACUAGCGCUGGACGCGUGGGCGCCUAGAAGCGACAGCGCUCCUGGCAUGCCACAAACGCAGGCAGGCUAACCAAGUUUGGUACAGUGCCAAGAACGCUGCUGCUUGCCGACGCCGAACGCGUUGGAGGCUAGCCGCUCAAUAU